GUUCAAGUAAAGGCUAUUUGUUUGGUUACUCACAAAGGGCUGCACAGUCCGCGUCUCUGGAGGCUAAUGCUGUGUCUUUCUACUGUAAGCGAUAUUACUGAGCAAGAUGUGCCUCCAGGCUCUUUUCUCUCCCCGUGUGAUGUGAUUCAAAGUCGGCUGGACGAUCGCUGACUGGCAAGCUUUCUGAAAGAAACUGUGAGUUUGUUUUAGCAGCUUUUUUCCUGUUUGUUUUGUCUUCAGAAGAGAAGAUGGCACUGCUCGUGGUUUACUCACUCCUGUGCCUUUCCUGCUGGGCCUGCUUCUACUUUAUCGUGUGUUAUGUCAACGGCUCCAGGAGCUAUGAGUGGAACUGCCGCCUCGUCACCCUGGUACAUGGCAUCCUGGCAGUCUGCAUCACAGCAUAUAUAGGCUAUGUGGAUGGACCCUGGCCUUUCACCUAUCCAGGUACUAAGAACACCCCGCUGCAGAUAAGUGCCAUGGUGGUGAGCCUGGGCUACUUUAUCUUCGACAUGGCCUGGUGCGUGUACUUCCGCACAGAGGGACCCGUUAUGCUGGCCCACCACACCAUGAGCAUCCUGGGAAUCCUGCUGACCCUGUGGCUGGGGGAGUCCGGCAUCGAGUCGUGUGCAGUCCUCUUCGGCAGUGAAAUCACAAACCCACUCCUGCAGGCACGCUGGUUCCUCAAACAGACGGGACACUACCGGUCGCAGCUGGGGAACGCUGUGGACGUCCUGUUUGUGCUGCUCUUUGUGGUGAUGCGAAUCUUCGUGGGAGGCACAAUGCUGUACUGUGAGCUGAUCUCCCCGAGACCCAGAUUCUUCAUCAAGUGCGGGGGAGUGGCCAUGUACGCUCUCUCCUGGGUGUUCAUGGUGGACAUUGUUCGAUUCGCCAGAAGAAAAAGCAAGAGCUGGCACCAGCAGCCGAGAGAGCAGCCGGAGACGGUCGCAGCUAAUGGGCAUGAAGGGAAGAUGGACUGAUUGAACAUUUCUUUAUAUAGUAAAUUUCCCUUUACAUUUUGUUUUGGAGCCGCAAGGGAAAGGACAAAGAUCCACAUUUUUUUUGUUAUGUUUGAUUGAGUUUGUUUUUUAAAAGCGGGAUAUUUUAAAAUCCUAAUUUUCUAUGCUAGGAAAUACCCUGUGGGACCCUUGUGAUUGCUGCUGAACACGUGUAAGAUUUAUGAUGUAAACGGUAGCCUACUGGUGCAGGAACAACACAGAUGUAGUUUACGUUAUAGAAAACCAAAACACUUUCUAUAAUCCCACGAGCAGAUGUUGCUUUCAGUUGCAGUGAACUGUUGCCUUGUCGUAUGUGGUCAUGGGAAGUUCACUAUUAGUAAAGACAUAGUUUACAUGUACUGUCUAUGAUCCUUGUGAAAGAUUUUUAAAGCACAUAGAAAACAUAAGGAUUGGUUUCCUUGGAUUCUUGUGGGGUUUUCUUUUUAAACUUUGAGCAGAUGGGAAAGGUGUACUCAGGGAGAUGAAGUCAGACCGGAAAGUCCAGACAAGUGAAUUGCAGAGAAAUGUGUGUGAUGAGCUUCAUUACUUUGUUUAUCAUAAUGUAUAGCAAUGCCUGUAAGUUUUGCCUGCUGUCUGAACUCCUAUUCCAGAGCCUGCUCAAAAUAUUUCCACUUAUUUUACUUCACUUAUGUACGUGGACACAUGGAGAGACACCACUCUCUGAUACAGAGGUCUGCACUGGCAAGGCUAUUUAUUUUGCAUUGGAUCUAUGAAUUGGUGUCAUCAUUCUAAGUUUACACAGUGAAGUGUCUGAAAGCACUGAAAGACCCUCAUUCAUAUUUAUUCAACAGAUUCACGUUUCAGUUUGACAGAGGACUUGACAGUUCAGUUGAAUUUAUUGUGAUCUGUACAUUGAGCUGAUCUUUUGUGAAUCUUCUGCUCCAGUUUUGUUUGAGCCAGCACCUGUGCAGUCACGCAAACAGAAGCAUCCUUUUCUUAACAGCCCCCGAAAUGUUGGAUUCAUAGAUUUAUUCUUAUUCUUAACACAAGAUGCACACAAACACACACGCACGCACACACACAGGCACAAUGGCACAUACAACCAGGACUGGGGCAAUAGUCAUCAUUGUUUGACUUUCAGUAAAGCCACAUUGAGAUGAUAUAAUGAUAUCAGAUUAUUGUUUAGCAAAAAACGAUUGUCCAAUUUAACAAUAACAAGCAUACUGGCGUACAAAUUAUUUCUGCACAUUUCAAUUACGUGUGUGAAGAGUUUUAUCCAAGUGAACAUUGGUUUGAGUAUUUAAUGUGUGAUUUGUAUAAAUUGUUUUCGGAAUUGUGGUAUUAACUAAUUGAAAAAUAUUAAAUUCAGUGUUUUAAAAUGGAGUUCCACCAUAUUCAUCGGAUAGAAUACACAAAUGCCUCAUUGUGUGAAGAUGGUACUUGUUGACUUGAGAUAAUAUCAUGACUAGAACCACUCUAAGACUGCAUUUGUUCCCUGCAAAGCUAAUUCCGUCAUCUCUGUGCCCAGACUUUGUACAUGUUUUCUUAUUAUUGUGACUGUAUCAUCUUUGUUAUAAAAGUGCACAUGUUUUUUUUACAGUGCUCAAGACCCAUUUAUUUUCACAUAUAUGUUGGCUUGAAAUGUGAUGUCUUAUAAUGACUCUUUACUUGGCUGCUAUUAUCAUACUAGCAUCAACAUUGUAUCCAUGACAGUAAAAAAUCUAACUGGUGUGUGCCUUAGUUAUGUGAAUGUAUUUCCUUAUUUGUGAGUGAGAGUGUUUGUGUGGGGGUGUGUGUGUGUAUGUAACAAUUUUCAGUUUAGGGAUUCAUGAUUAGCUUUUUUAUAAUUUCUCUCCUUAUGUGAAAUGAAAUAAAUCUCUGAUAUAUUGUU